CCUUCUCCUUUCGCUCCCGCCGCUUCGUUGAUGCGUUUCAUAACGUUUCCGUCGCCCUCCCGCAGCGGACUUCGAUUUGCUCGGUGGGUAAAGAGCAUCGCGCUACCUUUCGCAGCAGCUGCGUCUCCGCGCUGUUCAAGACCUUUAAGCUUCGAUAUCAAAGAUGGAGGGCAGUUCGUCGUCGGACGAUUCGCUGGACGCUUUAAGUGACAAAUUCGAACCGCUGAAGGCCCUCUACUCCCCGAAAUUGCGGCUCCCCGUGCCCGGCGCGAAGGUCUACGAUAACCUGGGAAGUUACGAGUCAAACGCGAGGGGUCAACCGCGGCAAAAAUCAAGAGGACCCGGUAGCAAGGAAAAUGCGGAACAACUCGCCGGGGCUACACCGAAGCGCAGAUUUCUUCCUCAUCAAGAGCCGGUGCCGGGUAGCAAAAGUCGAAAUAAAGACCGCGGGGGCGCUGCCGCCGAGAAUCUCGAAGGAAGGAAUGUCCUGACCAGGAUGAAGGGCUCUCUAGGCCCGUUAGAAAUGCUUCUGCGAUGCAUGGAGCAGAGAACCCGAGUCAAGGUGUACACGAGGGGCGCGUGCAGUAUUCGCGGUUACGUCUUAGCAUACGUCGCAGCCUUUGACAAGCACUGGAAUCUCGCACUCGAGGAUUGUCUCGAAGUGUGGACGCGCAAGGUUAAAAGAAAAGCUCCGGCACUCGGUGCUCCUGCCGAUUCGUAUCAACGUCGCGAAUUUGAGGCGAGGAAAAUCGAAGACGAAUCAUACCGGAAUACAAUUAUAAGUAAAACAGUGGUCAAGGAAUCCAACGGUAAAACCGAGACCCUAGAACGACACGUUCCGCAGCUAAUGAUCAGGGGUGAACAAAUCGCUAUGAUCGUAAAGAUCGAUUGAAUAUACAAUAUAUACAUAGUAUAUGUAUCCUGCAUUGCAUUGCGUGUAACAAUUCAAUAAAAAUAACAAUAAUCGAUUUGAAUUGGUGGACGCGCCGAAACUCGAAGAGACAAAAAAUGACCGGAAAUCGUGUUGUUGUAAAAACUUCGUCAACAAAAUCGUAAGAAAAAUAAAUUUGCAAAAAAAAAAAAAAAAAAUUGUGAAAGUACAUUAUUUUCACCCCUUAUCAAACU